CUAAUUUCCCACAACACACAAAUCACCAAACAGAAACAACGAUGACAAUAGAGGACUAAAAGCUGCCUUGAGAAUCUGCAAAAAAUCUGACAUGUUUGCAGGUAUAUUUCUAAGAAUGGGAGCAGCAUUAAGAUCAAUGUAUGUGAACAGCAAGUAUGAAGAAGUACGAGAAGAAUGGGAGGAAGAUUACAGUCCUCAGAGGUUUUCUUACAAAGCUCUCUACAAAGCAACCAAAGGGUUCAAAGAGAGCGAGUUAUUCGGUACAGAGGCUAACGGGACAGUCUACAAAGGAAAGCUCUCUUCUAAUGCACAGAUUGCUGUAAAGAGAGUUUCUUUAGAUGCAGAACAAGAUACCAAACACCUUGUUUCUCAGAUUGUUGGUAUUGGGAAGUUAAGGCACAAGAACCUUGUGCAGCUCUUAGGAUACUGCAGAAGAAAAGGUGAAUUACUCUUGGUCUAUGAUUAUAUGCCUUAUGGAAAUCUUGAUGAUUUCUUGUUUAAUGAGGAAAGGCCUAAUCUAAGUUGGUCACAAAGGUUUCAUAUAAUCAAAGGAGUUGCUUCAGCUCUUCUUUAUUUGCAUGAACAGAUCGUUCUUCACCGAGAUGUAAAAGCCGCAAAUGUACUCUUGGAUGAGGAUUUAAACGGGCGACUAGAUUACGGUCUAGCAAGAUUUGGUACAAACAGGAACCCAAUGCUAGGAAGCGUAGGUUAUGUGGCUCCAGAGCUAAUAAUAACAGGAAUGCCGACAACCAAAGCCGAUGUUUAUUCAUUCGGAGCAUUACUACUUGAGUUUGCUUGUGGAAGAAUGUUCAUUGAGUAUCCAGGGAAGCCUGAAGAGUUUAACUUAAUCAGCUGGGUGUGUCAAUGCUGGAAAAGAGGGAACUUGGUUGGCGCCCGAGACGCUAGAUUGGAAGGAGACUACGUCUGCAAGGAGAUAGAGAUGGUACUAAAGCUUGGUCUACUAUGUGCACAGUACAAUCCAGAGGAUAGGCCUAGUAUGUCCCAAGUGGUAAACUAUCUUGAAGGAAAUGAUGUUUUGCCUGAGAUGCCUCCAGACACUCCUGGGAUCAGUAUUCCAACACCGUACCAUGAAGUUCUUGCGUAGCAGCACUUCGUCUAGUGCCCGGCAAAAAACAGAACAAAUCGCUUCUCUCAACAACCUACAAAAAUAUGAACCAAACAAGUUACCAGAAAUUAUCAUUGGAAGAACGGUAUAAUUUUUUUCGCAACAUUUCUUUACUGUUUUUCCUCAUUCUUUAACUCACAAUGUAUACAUUGAAAGAUCGAAUACAAACCCUAUGGCCAGGACACGACCUGUAAUGUUGUAAUGGUAUGAA